AUGACCGAUUCGACCUCAAGCCUCGGCGGCGCGACCAUGAUGGCGUCCAACGCUCAAAUGAGCCCCUCGUUCCCGCACCCUCCCGCCGCCGACGCCCCCGCCCGCAGCGACAGCCUCAGAACGGUCGGCGCACACGGCGCGGCGGCGGCGAGGACGACGACCCCGGCCGGCGCGACGGUGUACGGACCCGACGUCCUGCCGGACGGAUCCCUGAACCCGCGGAGCUGCAUCAUCUGCCGCAAGCGCAAGGUCAAGUGCGACCACCUGCAGCCCUGCACAAACUGCCGCCGCGCGCGCGUGAGCUGCGUCUUCCCCGCUCCCGGACGGGCCCCUCGUAGACCGAGGCCCAAGGACCCAAACGGCCCGACCGCGAGCGGCGAACCCGGCAGGCACGGCGCCGCGAGCGAGCGCGAGGCCGAGCUGAUGAAGAGGUUGCGCAAGCUGGAGGGCAUCGUCGAGGACCUGAGCGGCCAGAUCGAGCUCGAGACGGCGAGACAUGGAAGCACCGGGGGGCCGUCGCCAGACGCCAUGCAGGAAUCGCCCGGCAGCGUCGAGCCUAGGAGCACGGGGCGUGGGAGCUCGUCGUCGACCACGGGCGUGAGGGCGGCGAGCACGGCGAGCAACGCUAGCCACAGCAACUUGAACUCUAGUCAUGCAAACGGAAGCCCCCACAAAUCUUCACAAACCGUCGACUCGAUCCAAGACAGCCCGCCGUCGACGACGGAUGUUGCCAAGAAAUUUGGCAGGCUUGUGUUACACGACAAGGGCAAGUCUCGCUACGUGAGCAGCGGCUUCUGGUCCAGGAUAAACGACGAGAUUAAUGAACUACGGGCCGAAACCGAGGAAAUGCUAGAUUCAGAGACUGACGUCUCGGACAACGAUGACAGCCCUCCGGCUGUUCCACUGCCAGACACGUAUUCCAACGGGUCAUUUCUGUUUGGCUACCGCUGCUCAGAUCUUGACCUCCGAAAGUUUCAUCUACCACCUUCUCAAAUCAUGUUCAUCUGGGACGUCUACUGCGACAAUGUUAACCCCGUUACCAAAAUCCUUCAUGUGCCUUCUACCAAGGCCAUGUUGCUCAAGGCCAAGGAUGAUCUGGGAAACAUCGAUCCCUCCUUCGAAGCUUUGAUGUUUGGCAUUUACUUUGGAGCACUGACGUCCAUGGACGAGACCGAUGUCGAGAUGCACUUUGGAGCCACCCAGGCGCACAUGCUACAAAAGUAUCGCUACGCUCUCGAGAUGGCUCUGGCAAAGGCCGACUUUCUCACCUCGACCGACCUCAUGACACUGCAGGCUCUUGUGCUGUUCGUCAUGCUCGUCAGGCGACGGCAGGAUACUCGUCUGGCCUGGACCAUGACGGGAGUGGCUGUACGCAUCAGCCAGUCGAUUGGGCUGCACCGCGAUCCGAGCAACUUUCCAAACCUGACGCCGUUCGAAGGCGAGAUGAGGAGGAGGCUCUUCUGGUACCUCGCCCUCCUCGACCUCCGCGCGGCCGAGGACCAGGGCACAGACGUCGCCAUCCACGACCUGGGUUACGACACGCGGAGGCCUCUGAACAUCAACGACGACGACUUCGGCCCGGACAGCAAAGAGCUACCCCCGCCACGCGAGGGCGAAACCGAGAUGGCGUUCGUGCUCAUGUCAUACGAGGUGCAGCCCUAUGCGCGGAGGAUCCUGCUUUUGUCGUCGGCGGCCGCCUCCAUGUGCCCGCGAGCCGUGAACACGCUGGAGGAGCGAGAGAAGCUGCUGAUGGAGAUCAGCGGCAUUGCUGAGCGCAUACUGCCAAGGAACGGGCCGGCUCCCAAGAUGGACAUUAGCAUCCUCGCCGCCAUGAUCGUCCGGGUCAUCCUCAGCAAGAUGACAAUCCUGGUGUACCAGACUUCGCUGAUCGGGCCGCACGACGCCUCUGAAGACCUGAGCCAGGAGCGAAAGGAUCGCCUGGUGUUGUCUGCGAUCGAGGUCUUUGAGUACAGCCACCUUGUUCUGCACGACCCGCGGGUCCGGCGGUGGCGGUGGGUUGCGCACGUCUUUAUGCAGUGGCAGGCAGUCACCUUUCUGCUCCUCGCCAUCUCCACGGGGCCGUGGAGUCCCAUAUCCGAGAGGGGCUGGUCGGCGCUCGGGACCAUGUUCAGCGGCGCCACGGCCGCCGCGGAGAUCGACCGCAUAUCGGACAACGCCGCCGUCUGGCUGCCGUUCAAACGGCUCUACAACAGGGCCAAGAGACACCGCGUGGCGGAAAUCGCCCGGCUCAGGGCCGAUCCUGCCGCCGCGGGCGAGCUGGAUCGCGAGUGGUAUCCCAAGACCCUCCCCACGUCCAACUUUGGCACCCUGUCAGGCAGGAUCAAGAUCAAGGUGGCUCUGGACAGGUGGCGGGAGCUCGUGCAGGCGCCGGCUCUGGAGCCUGAAGUGCAAGCCUCGUUCAGGCGUGACCAGGAGCGGCAAAACCCGCACUUGCAUAACUCUUCCUGCAGCAUGGGUGCAUCAUCCACUUCACUGAAGAAUGCUGCGGUCAACGACUUGGCCGUGCAGCCUGUAGCUGUUGGACAGCAGCAGCAGCAGCAGCAGCAGCGGCAGCAGGAUGGCGCCAGGGCAACGGCACCAGCAGCGCAGCAGAUGGACCCCGACUUCCUGCAGCUCAUGAACCAAGUCAUGUCCCAAGACACGUUUGCGUCUCAGGACAUCUGGCCGCUCGCUUUCCCCGUCGAAAGCGUGCAGGCGCAGAACGCCGGACUCGCAUUCGGGUACGCCAACAACAGGGCAGGAGGGCCGGGCUUCAGCCAGCCGCCGCAGCCGCAGCCGCAGCCGACGGCGUCCGAGACGCCACUGCUCGACGCGGCCAUGCGCAAGGGCGACGCGCCCCCGUGGAUGUGGACGGAGACGGGGGCUGCGGCGGCGGCGGCGGUGCCCGGUGGCGAUUUUAACAAUCUGGCAAGCGUCAUCAACCUGGGCACCGCGGGCGGCGAUCAGUUUGGCGGCCUCUCGUCUCUCGAAGACUUUGACAUGAACAUGGACGACGAAGACUUUAACUGGCAGACUUUUAACGACAGCAUACGUGGCUUUUCGACGACUGGUUGGGGACAGCUGCACCGCACAGUCUUCACCUGCGCCGUGUGCGGCGAGGCAGUCACAUACCAGACGACGAUGCGCGUGCCCUGCGCCCGCGUCGUCGCCGGGCACGUCUCGAGCUGCGACGUCCAGACCAUCGUCAGCAACCGCACCGUCCAGCGCGGACGGUGCAGCAAGCACUGA